GCGCUCAGACGGCUGUAGAAUCCGGAGCGGACGAGAACGAAGGACCUCGGAGGGUCUCACCCAAACUACAAAUGGGCCCCGUCGCCUAGCGUUUACCCGACCAAACUUUGCAUCUGGUGCUUUACCAACAACAGCACUCGCCACCUUUAAAAAGUCUUCCAUCUUUCCAUCUUCCACACGGUUGACAUUUAUAGGACGGUAAAAUGGCAGCAAUUCCAUCUAGUGGUUCACUUGUCGCCACCCAUGACUACUACCGAAGGCGCAUUGGAUCUACAUCAAGCAACAGUUCCUGUGGCAGUUCGGAGUACACGGGGGAGGUCAUUCCACACCCACCAGGUCUAACACGUCAGGACUCUGGCCACUGGUGGGCCAGCUUCUUCUUUGGGAAACAGAACCAACCGAAUGGAUUUGAAGCCCAGCAGAAGGCUGGUACCUACACAGUAACAAAUGGCCAGGUGACCUGUGUUGCCCGAGAGAUUGUGAUGAAAAGAAAAAUGAGCGGAAGCAGUGACUCUGGGAAAGAGCCUGGAUCUCCCCUUCCUUCGUAAAACCACCCCCAAGGGUGCCACACCCUUCACCUCAUCCUGGAGUCACCAUGGGUAGACUUUGGCAACGGAGGCUCCAUUUUUUUAUUUUGUAAAAACUGGCUGCUUUUAUAUCAUGUUAAAUUGCUGUUUGUUAUUUAUGACCAAAUCAAAGCUGUUAACAUAAAAGCCUAAACUGCUUUUUCACACAGCGUUUUAGUGUAAACCCAUUGUAUUAUGGGGUGUAAUUGUUUAUUUGAGAUAUAUAAAUAAAUGACUGACUGACUGCAGCCCAUAA